AUGAACUAUUACACUGACCUCUUUCCAAAUUCCGAAAGGGAGCCCCCGAUAUUGCCCGUUGAAUUAGCGAUCAAUACCGAACUCUAUGUCUACGACACAGGAAGACCGGAUCGGCUGGAGAAACGCGUUAUUCGGGUCCAGCGUGAGAGUAACGGCAAAAUUGAAAAAUGGCCUGACCCUGGUAGCGGAGAUGAGGACGAUUAUGAUCCUUCUGAGGCUGGGCAAUCCUUUGGUAGGCGAGAGACAGAGGUAUUCGGUGUCCCCAUGGACCAGCUCGUUGUCGUCGUUGGCGAACUUCUACCGUUCGGGCUUAAAUUGGAUUACAGUGCGCGGACAAGUUGGCCCACCGAUUUGUCCCAAGUUAUCGAGAAUGCCAUUAUGGUCAUAGAUCCCGACGACAUACGCAUCGUGGUCUGUUUACUCAAAGACCCUCUAAGACGAUUAUAUGUCCUUGCAAACAAGAAAGACGGAUUGUGCUCCCUCCGUUCUCUUCCAAGUUGGCAUGAGGAGAAAACUUUCUAUUAUCGAGAAUGGGCCAAGAUCAAUUACCGCACCCUCUACACAGAGGUGCAAAAAAAAGCUUGGAAGAACGAGAUCAAUGAGUUCUGUUUGACAUUUGUUCGGCAAAACAACGCCCAUAUCCCAGCCCUCCACCUUUCAGCCGUCGGGGAGCAGUUCACUCAGAAACAAAGCCGCUUUGAGUGCGUGGUUUCAAAUCUGAAGAAAUCACUGGCUUGCUACAAGCACUCGGAAAAUCCAGAACAUCUUAACCAUAUGCUAUUGCAGCUUGACCAAGCACUGGGCUGUCAGUCAGAUGGCACUUCCCAGAAGAAGGGCAUGAAACUGAUCGUCAACCUGAUCUCCGGUGAUGAGGAGCUCACUCGGGAAGAGGCUGAUAAGGCUGCAGCCGCGUACAAGAGCAUCUGGUCUGCUGCUACGCCCCAUGAUCUUCCACAAGCGGUCACUGGUGCUGCGCUGUAUCAGCUAGGCACCGGACUUCGUACCAAAGUCCUCGGAGAGUAUCCUACUCUACAAAGAAAUAGAUACCAACAGUUCAUAUCUUCAUUCUGCACUCAAUAUGAGAGGUUUAAGGAACAUUCUUCCGUCUACUCUAAAUCUCAACGAAAAGGCGACAUUAUUACUGCUUACCUAACAGCUCGGAGAUCAGCUGCCAGUGAUAUUGAUCUUCUGAUGGUUCCAAUCAAGACAGGGUCCCCGGGAGCGGUAGCGCUCACAGAAAUACAGCAGCAUAUUAAGGAGCUCCGGCUCUUCAUUCAGCUCAUGACCGAGAGAAUUGAAUGCAUUUCAAGUGCGUAUCCGAGUCGACCAACCAUGCCCUCUGGAUAUGGGCUACCGGAGCACAUCCAACGUUUGAUGAACGCGACCGACGUCAACGAGGCCUCGGAGCACGUAUCACACAUUAUACAUUAUUUCACUAUGCAAGAGAAAGCCAGUCUUUCAAGCCUCAUAGCCAUGAUUGCUGAGGUAGAGGCCAGUUCAAUCAAACGUAUGCAAGCUUUGGCCCACGAUUUCCAGGUAGAAGAUUCUCUCGCUGAGGAUGGGAAUGAAAAGGAUGGACAGGCUUCCGGGUUUGCAGAGAAUGAGGAGAUGUCA